GUAAUAUCACAGAAUAGAUUAUGCGGUAGACAAUUUCCGAUAUUAAUACUUUCGACAUCGGCUGAUCAGUCGACAGCAAUCACCACUCAGCAGUGGCUUAGCGCAACACUAGCCAGUGAAAAUUCACUUCAUAGUUACUACUUAGUACUCCCCGUUCGGCUGUCUGCCUAAUCUCCAUUUUAUGGAGGCGUCUUGGCAGUGGUUAGUGCAGUGUGAUUUUACGUAAUAUAGAACGCGAAACUAAUUUAAAGCAGCAAUCAUGAAGUGUUCAGACUGUGGUUCUCUGAACCUGGAUUCCAGUGAUGGACCUACAGUAUGCAUGGAUUGUGGUGGAGUUAUGGACGAAUCACAUAUUGUCUCUGAAGUCCAAUUCGAAGAAACUGACCAUGGAUCCCGUGCUGUUGGACAGUUUUUAUCAUCUGAUUCUCAAGCUGCUAACUUUCACAACUUUGGUAGCGCUUUCCACCAUGGCAUGAAGCAACCAUCUCGAGAAAUGACUCAAGCCAAAGCUAGGCGUGGUAUACAAGUAUUAAGCAACAGUCUUAAUCUUAGUCCUCAAACUUUGGAAAACGCUUGCGUCUAUUACAAUAUGGCAUUGAAAAGACACUUUACGCGAGGAAGAAAGAAUGCUCUGAUCUAUGCAGCAUCUGUAUACAUAGCGUGCCGUAUGGAAGGCACCAUGCACAUGCUUUUAGAUGUAGCUGAUGCUAGUGAAGUUAAUGCAUUUGAACUAGGAAAGACAUACCUGAGAAUGAUGCAAACAUUGACUCUGACUGUGCCUAGUCUUGAUCCCAGUAUUUUCCUCAUGCGUUUUGUUAAUUCUCUAGAUUUUGGUGAUAAGACCCAUAUUGUGUAUACAACAGCAAUGCGAUUACUGCAAAGAAUGAUGAGGGAUUCAAUUCAUACAGGUAGAAGACCAUCUAGUUUAUGUGGUGCAGCUUUAUUGAUUUCAGGGCGUAUGCAUGAUUUUAACCGUACUACUGAUGACAUUAUUAAAGUUGUUCAUUGCCAUCAUGCCACUUUGAAGAAACGGUUACUGGAGUUUAAAGACACACCUUCCAGUAUGUUGUCAAUAGAAGAAUUUAUGACUGUUGACUUAGAAGAAACUCACGAUCCUCCAUCCUAUCGGGUAGCUCGUGCUAGAGAUAAGGAGCGCAUAGAUAAGUUUUUUGAAGCAAAUGAUAGUGAAAAAGUGAUUGAUGAAGUAAAAACUGCAAUUGAAAAAGAACUGAGUAAGAAAAAAAAUACUACAGUUUUAGGUGUCAACUUGGUAGAAAUUGCAGCAGCAGCACCCCCCGAACCUGGAAGUAGUUGUAAACCUGUCAAUGUAGGGCCUUCGUUAGAAAUUAUGGGUUUAUCUGAAAAUAAACGGUCUUAUGAAGAUGAUGACGAAGAGGAUUCAUUGUGUGAUGUUGUAAUAGAUGAAGACGAAAUAGAUUCUUAUAUUUUAUCUAAGGAAAGCCAUCAAAUCAAGAGAAACAUGUGGAUGAAAAUGCAUGGUACUGCUUUCAGAAAAAUGCAAUUGAGUAGAGAAGAAAGAGCAAAGAAUCCAAAGGUUAUUAGAGCUAAAGAAAAAAAAGCCAAAAACUCAUUACGAACACCAGCAAAGACGGCAGCUGAAGCUGUGGAACGAGUUUUGAAAAAGAAAAAACUAUCAUCAAAAAUCAACUAUGAUAUACUUGACAAUCUUGACAGUUUUGUUAAUUCUGAUUCCUCGUCCUUACCUGGACUAUAA